CCGGAAAUGUUCGCAGUUAGCAACAGUUAGCUGUAUUAGCGUUGUAUGUGAGGACGGAAGCUAGAACGCAACAAUGUCAGCGCAAACAAUUACUGUGACUGUCGCAUACGGAUCAACUAAACACAGCAUCACACUAACAAGUCAAGAGGACGGAACGGAGCCCACUGUUAAAGACUUGUCAGAUGCUCUUAAUGAAGCUACUGGUGUCCCACCGGCCUCACAGAAACUUAUUUUUAAAGGAAAGUCUCUGAAGGACAUGGAAGCGAGUCUCUCCAGCUGUGGCGUAAAAGAGGGCUGCAAACUCAUGAUGAUUGGAAAGCGGAACAGCCCAGAGGAAGAGGCUGAACUAAAGAAGCUGAAAGAAAUUGAAAAGUCUGUGGAGCAGACAGCUAAAAAACUGGAGGCGGUAGAUGGGGAAUUAACUGGAUUAAAGAAUGGCUUCCUCGCAAAAGACCUCCAGGCAGAAGCGCUGAGUAAACUAGAUCACAGAGUAAAAAUAGCAGCUGAGCAGUUCAUGAAAAUCCUGGAGCAGAUAGAUGCCAUGGCCAUCCCAGAAAAUUUUGCCGACUGCAGAACAAAGAAGAAGGGUCUUGUGAAAGCAGUGCAGGAUUUUCUGGCUCAGUGCGACAGGAUCGAGGCUUGUAUAUCAGACCACCUAUCAAAGAUCCAGUCUAAAAACCUGGCUCUGGCAGAGUAAUCAACUCUCCUAUGUUGUGUGCUUUAAGUUGCUCUGUGAGCAAUGCAAAGGUCUCAGAGUGCUUCAAGUAAGAAGCAGAUCCUACUUUAUUUAUUGUGAAGAGGGUGCUGUAUGGGACAAACAAUCAAUCAUUUGAAAACAUGGGCUGUUGGUUAUCAACAUUGGUGUCUGAAUACAGACUGGACCUCUGCAGUGUGUGUGGCUUUCUACCAUAACACUCCAGUCUUGUUCAAGAUUGAGGUCGAUUCUACAGGGGCUUGCACCCAUUCUGUAACAGCAAAGGCAUUUGUGGUUUAUAUCCAUUUUUCAGGCGUUAGAUGUGUACUUGAGGUCAAGGCCACAUUUAUGUUGCGUUCUUUCAUCCUCUGUCCCUACCGUUACUUGAAAUCAAGAGGUCAAAAAGUAAUCUUGGACUCAAAUAUUUUUCAGAAUCAACUUUCCAAAAUUCUCAGUCUUGUUUUGUCAAAUUUUAAGAAUUCUUCAUACAAGUUUUAGCAGUUGAAUAUAGAAUAUUUUCCAUUUUGUCUUUUUACGCCAUUGAUCCAGACUUGAAAGAUACCAAAAUUAAUGUGUCUACUUUUUCAGAUUGCGUAGGAAUGUAAUCAUCACAGUAGGAAAUGUUAAGAACACUGAACCUGGAUGCAGCUGUCAUUAAUGUAGUUAUAUUGAAUAUUGUUGAAGUUGGGUGCUUACAUGUUUAAUACUCCAUUCAUCACGUAAAUGAGCUGUGUCGUCACUGGACACAAGUACACACAAACGAAGGCAAAUGAUCCCAGGUCUUAUCAUGGCUGGUACUUUUAAAGUUUGGGAAAUUUUCUCAGAAGCCUUCCUAAAUCUGUAGGUUAGUCAGGUUCAUUCACUCGAAUGUAGGUGCAUAUAUAAAGUAAUCCCUGGAUACAUGAAUGCGUUUUUUGUUUUGUUAGUACAAAAAGGAGAAUAUUUAAAUUUGGAAUUUUUAAAGCAAUUGUUACUAAACUUUCAGAACUUUUCUUAAGUACACAAAAAACUUAUUUGGGGUUUUGACUGUAGAUUUUAAACACGUAAGCCUGCUGCUUAAUGCAUCAAAAAGGAAAUCAUUGAAACUACACCCACUGCCAACAACACUGCCCACUAUGGACAGAAUUAGUUCUUCAUUUGUAUGUGCAUUGUUAUUCCACAUAAAGAAAUCCUGAGUCACCUGCAGUUUUCGUCAAAUUUAUUGUCUUCUUUUGUAGAAUGGAAAGACAAGUCAUAAGCAUCUGCCUUUGUUUUGAAAUAAAAUGUUUUGAAAAAUGA